ACCGUCAGGUAUCAAAGUAAGAUCGGCAACAAAAACGCACAGCAGCGUAAACAAGUCUGCAAGUUGUGACCGGAAACAGGAAACACCUAUGUAAAUGCUCACUACGAAGUGUUGGCCUUUUACUCUACCCAUUCCAUUUGUGGCCACAAUGCAAAUCACUCUAUAUGGAAUACAUAAUCAUCACAUGUGCGAUUACUGCACUACAGAAAACCUUCUAACCAAACAAUAGUGGGCAACUACAAAGGGCAAUUAUACAAAAAAAUCGAAGUUUCUUAGAUUUUUCACAUCACAUGAUGUGGCUUAAGCAUUGUUGUGAACACAGAAAAUCAAAUGUUGCUGUUUUUCUAUUUAAAAAGUUUGGAAGAAACUGGGGGAAAUCCGAAACCUGGAAAAACUAAACUGAGAAAAUUGAAUUUGGGGGGAAAAAAACCGAAGUAGACAUGAAAUUAAAAGUGAUUUAAAAGGACUCACCAACGUUUCUUUCUGUUCAUGACUGCACUUUAGAGUGUUAUCCUGCAGCACAGCAUUUUGUGGAAAGUUGAGGUCAGGUCCAAUAUUGACUAUGUAUCCAAGAGGGAAAGAUGUUGGGCCGUCCUAGAAAUGUUUUAGAGAAAUUUAAUAUAUCAAAUUUAGCAGACUCUUUUAUCCAAAGUGACUUAGUGAUGUGUGAAGACAUUUUUAUGUAUGGGUGGCCCUGGGAAUCAGUCCCACUAUCCUGGCAUUACAAUACUCUACCAAGAUGCAUGAGAGGUUUAUAAAUGCUUUGUGAAACUUCAAUUUAAAAUGAUUUAUAAGGCCUUUAUUAAGCGUUGCUUAUGCUACACUUUAUAAAGCACAAGUUUGACAUCGGUGAUUGUCACACAGUUAUGCCAAAUUUAUGAACCCUUUAUAAAGCAUAACAUAUGGUUAUAGAUUAUUUGUAACACAUUUAUGUAUUGUUUAUGAAGGCUUUAUGAAGACUUUAUAAGCUGCAUGUCAUUUAAAGCGGGACCGAUAUUCCUACCUCAAGAAAUAUGUAAUUUUACAGACAGUCUAGCACAUUUCUUCUAUUUUUCUGCCUCUUCAGUCCAGGGUCCACUGCAUGGUGUUGUUGUGAAUGUCACUCCACUCUGUGAGGCACAUCAAUCUGCAGGUUGAACAUGAUUCGAUUGUAGACUCCUAAAAUAGUGCAGUUUGUUAAGGCAAUUUUACAGCUAACUAGCUACGUCACAUACUGAUAUUGUCUUUGGUAUUAUUGUGCGUAGCCAUGUUUGCUAGCUAGCCAGCCAGCCCAUAGAGAGAGCAUUGCAAUGUGGAUUUUGUAGUCAACUUGAGCUGCAACAGAUUUCUACAGCAAUUUUCAUAUGUUGCUACCAUCCCUAUUAAAAAGCCAAAAUGAAACAUUGCUUCACAAAAAAACAUUGUUGUCAUAUAUUAGUGUUAUUUAAAAUAUAAGAAUGAGUGUUUUGGGUGGAUACGUCAUUUAAAAAAGGCAUUUGAACACCCUGGAGGACAUGUGAUGCAAAACGGUAUCUGUUUUCCUGUAUAUGGUUUCCUUGACUCUGAAAAUGUCUAAUUAUCCCCAGGUAUCCCCAGGUACUGGUAAUCCUUUGCAUAUCACACCAUGGCAGGCUUUUUUUUUUUUUAUAUCUCACAAGUAUAAGAAUCAAGUGAGGAGCUGAGUUUAAGGAGGUCAUUUUGGAUUUAGAAUACAUGUAAUCAGUGUAUUAUUUUGCAUUUGAAUGUAAAGUUACAUGAGUGCAGGAUACAAAGUAAAAUAUUGUUUGAAUUAUGUUAUCAGGAGAAUGAAAAGCUGUCUAUAUUGGUGAGUAUACUGUAAAUGUGAGGAAAUCUAUUACUGAAUCAACUAAUCAAGGAAUUAUCCAUUUAGGUUGUCUGUUCUUUGUGAUUUCAUCAAUUUAACUUAUAUGUAAGCUAUAGUAGGAGGAUUUGCUCCUCUUCUUCAAACAUUGACAGCACAUCUUUAACAACUCCCAGGACCAUGGAAAACUCUACUCACUACGAGGUCUUCAGGCUUGCUGCAUACGGUGAUAUCGGACGAUUGAAGUAUUUCUACUUUGCUCUAGUAACUGUAUUAUAUUUUGUCAUCAUUCUUGCCAAUGCUUUACUUAUUGGAGUUAUCUGCAUUGAAAGAAGCCUUCAUGAACCCAUGUAUCUGUUUCUAUGUGCUUUGUUUGUUAAUCAGUUGUAUGGGAGCACUGGUUUGUUUCCUGCUCUCAUGUUUUACUUACUGUCUGACACACAUGAUAUUUCACUUAUUUAUUGUUAUCUCCAGAUUUAUGUGUUGUACACAUGUGCUCUAACAGAAUUUAGUAAUUUAGCGGUUAUGUCUUAUGACAGGUACAUUUCUAUUUGUUAUCCCCUACGAUAUAAUAGUAUUAUGACACCUAAAAUAAUUUGUGGCUUAAUUCUGCUGUCCUGGUUGUCUUCUUUUUUCCUCAUCGCCAUCAUUAUCUCACUGAGUUUGCGACUGCAAUUUUGUGGUAACAUUCUAAACAGACUGUAUUGUGAUAACUACUCAGUAGUCAAGCUUGCCUGUUCAAAUACUAUGCUGAAUAAUAUAUGGGGUCUUCUUGUCACUGUGGUUUAUGUUUCUUGUACUAUAUUUCCUACCAUAUACUCAUAUGUCAGAAUUCUACAAAUAUGUUUAAAGUCUUCAAAAGAGACAAAACAGAAAGCAUUUAACACUUGCACACCACAUAUAGCCUCUAUGCUGAACUUCUUCUUUGGCUGGUUAUUUGUGAUUCUACAAGGCAGAUAUGAAACUGCAGAUCUUCCACCUAUACUUCGCACUAUUUUAUUUGUUUAUUUUCUGAUAUGUCCACCAAUUUUCAAUCCUUUCAUGUAUGGCGUUAGGAUGGUUAAAAUCAGGCAUUCUUGUAACAAGGUACUAGGCCUUAACCCUGGAACAUAACCUGAUAGUUCCUUUGUGACAUUUUGAAUUAUGUUGUUUUUUCUUACUUAUAGUUGCUAAAAUUGACUUUAAAAAUCACAUCAAGUUUAUCAUGUAUUGUAACUGAGAAUGUCUUGUGUCAUAUUAGCUAGUUAACUGCAUAACUACAGAGCAUCAAGGGGAGCUGCCCUCCCUACCUUCAGACGAUGCUCAAACAGAUGCUGAGUGGGAUCUUUGAGAAGACCCUACACCCAAAACCAUUCUGCCAGAUCUGGACUCUUGGCCCACCUAACUUCAGGACAGCUGUAUACCUGCCCAUCUCCAUAAAACGUUUGUCUUCUUGAAUUUUUUUGUUUUUCAGUUGCAGUUUUCAAGUUAAUUUCCUGCAGUUCUACACAUUUUGCCAUGAGGCAGAAAUAAAGGGAAUCUCUCACGAAGGUUGUAUAUUGCAGGCUUUUUCUGCAAUGUAUAUGUAAUGAGUGCUUACUUAUUCUGGCAGUGAUGGCUUAUGCCAUUUUUAUGUUAUUCCUAUAACGAUUUUCUCUCACUUAGCAAUUGUUAAACUCUCCUGUGUUGAAAGUGCACUGAGCAACCUGCAUGGUAUAUGUAUCAUAGCAAGUCUGGUGGUUUCACCUUUUGAUUUAGUUGUGCUCUCAUGUCAAAAAAUUACUUGUUUGCUUGAAAGCCUCAAAGGAGUCACGAAAGUAGGCUUUUAAUACGUGUGCUCCCCACUUGAUCACUUUCAUCAACUUCUCUACAGCCAUCCUUUUUUCUGUUGUUUACAGUAACCAGAAAUAUCUGUACAGUUUAUUCUGUUC